AUGGAGGAAGACAAGAAAGAACUGCCUGCUACUUUGGUACACUGGAGACUCUCUGUACCUGGACAUGGCUCACCUCAGUUCCUGAUCCAUUUCCGGGUCAAACAGGACAGAUCAACCAAGGCAGAAGGGACAGUAAGGUGCAAGGCAAAAGCAGCAAUCCAUCAGAUCCCGAGAGGAAACUCCCCGAUGUUUGAGCAAUUCUCAGUCCCCCAGCGAUCUGUGGACAGAAUCAUAGGGAGAGGUGGUGAGACAAUUCGUUCUAUCUGUAAGACUUCUGGAUCCAAAAUUACAUGCCAUAAAGAAUCAGAGGGGAGCCGGGCGUUGGUGGUGCACGCCUUUAAUCUCAGCACUGGGGAGGCAGAGGCAGGUGGGUCUCUAAACCCUGUCUCGGAAAAAAAAAAAAAAAAAACAGAAUCAGAGAGGAAAUUAAAACCAAUCAGUGUGAGAAGAGAAGAAGUGAUGGAGCCAGGUGGAGCUGGUGAAGCAGCUUUAUGGAAGAAUACCGGUACUAGCAUGGGGCCAGCUGUACCCCUGGAGGUUCCUCUCCGCAAAAGUGCUGGUGAUAUGGUUGCUGCAGGACCAAAAGAAAGUUCCUGGAAGAAAUGUACUGAUGACAGUCUUGAGAAUUCUGGUGCCCAGAACUGCCCAGAGAUGUCUAUGAUUGAAGUUCCCAGUCCUGACUUCAGCUUCCAUACGGAUGAGUACCUAGACAUCUACAUUUCUGCUUAUGAACACCCUAACCACUUCUGGAUCCAAAUCAGUGGCUCCCACAGCCUCCAAUUGGAUCAACUUAACAUUGAGAUGACCCAGCACUAUGAAAAUAGUCUUCCUGAAGACUUGACUCUGCACAUAGCAGCACCUUAUUCUGCAGAUGGUUGCUGGUAUAGAGCCCAGAUUCUUGGUACCCUGGAAAAUGGGAACUUGGACCUCUAUUUUGUGGACUUUGGAGAUAAUGGAGAUUGCCCACUGAAGGAUCUCUGGGUUCCCAGGAGUGACUUCCUGAGCCUUCCCUUUCAAGCAAUAGAAUGCAGUCUGGCACAAAUCGCCCCCUCAGGUGAACAGGGUGAAGAGGAAGCUCUAGAUGAGUUUGAGAGAUUCACUCACUUUCCUGACUCGAAGUCAUUGGUGGCCAAGAUCUCUAGCUAUGUCCAGACUAGAAUCUCAACUUGGCCAAAAAUCCAUUUAUAUGAUACCAGUAAUGGGAAGAAACUUGAUAUUGGGCUAGGAUUAGCUCACAAAGGAUAUGCAGUAGAACUUUCUGAAGAUGUGGAAGACGAUGGAACUGUCCCAGAUGUGUUGAAGGACAUGGCCACUGAAACAGAUGCUUCUCUUGCCAGCAUACUCAAUGAGACCCAAAAGAGCCCUAUCCUGCCUCAGCUUAUCAGAAGAAACUAUAUAGUGUUUUCUUGUGUAGCUGAGGCUGUCCCCCAGGUGCUGGCAGUAUAUUUCCUGCUUCCUGAGUGCCGAGACUGCAGGUGUGUGAGCAUGCGCCUCCUCCUCACUUCCUCUCCAGGAGCUAGUGGAGUAAAGCUACGCCCAGGCCCACGUCUGCCCGAGCAGGAACUUCAGCACCCUCGGAGUGGACAGCGUCCGCUGCACCUGCUCACCUGA